AUGGCCCCCCAAUUCUCAGAUGACGACAUCGAAGAAGAGCAAGUACACUUUCAAAAUGUCGUAACAACGUUCCGCCAGUAUGCCAGAUACUCCUUAAAUGCAAAUAACAGACGACGAAAAGACAUACACACCAUCCCACUCGCUGAUCGCGAACUGUUGACCAAGUUGGGGUAUGGACAGAAGUUGAAGGAUGUCGACAAAGCGAUACUCGCCAACGCCUUGUUUUUGAACAAGAUCGUGGAGAAUCCGGAGAUAUUUGGACACGAAAUCGAAGACUUUGUAGUCGACGGGGAUAUCGGUGAAACUGACAACAACGCGCAAGGUGCUCGAGCAGGAGGAAACACAUACGAACACGCCCACUCUCCCCCACACACCCAUCCCCAUGAUCGGCCUACACGUCCAUCGGAUCCGCGAAGAGGAGGCUACAGACCGACAGAGUUUGACAUGGACAAGCUUCGGAGUACGAUCAAGCUUUUCGUGCGCGACUGGAGCAAAGAUGGCAAACCAGAACGAGACUUAUGUUAUGAACCUAUGAAGAAAGCCUUGGAAGAACACUUCGAGGGUAGGAACAGGAAUACCCUCCGCGUUCUCGUUCCGGGUGCUGGUCUAGGCCGACUCGCCUACGAUGUCGCCAAACUUGGCUUUGCAUGUCAAGGAAACGAGUUUUCUCAUUAUAUGCUACUCGCUUCCUACCUCAUUCUUAACAGGACCCAAUCUAUCGACGAACACACUAUAUAUCCCUAUAUUCACUCCUUCUCCAACGUAUCGUCCCGUGAAACUCUGCUCAAAGCCGUCACCAUUCCAGAUGUCCUUCCCUCUGACCUCCCUCCAGGUUCCAACUUUUCUCUAGUUGCUGGCGAUUUCGAGGAAAUAUACGGUUCAGAGAACUCAGAUGAGAACGAGCCACAAGCAGGGAAAUGGGAUGCUAUUCUGACCUGCUUUUUCAUCGAUACCGCUAAAAAUAUCGUCAACUAUCUUCGCAUCCUCCACCGCAUCCUCGCACCCGGCGGAGUCUGGAUCAACCUAGGUCCUCUCCUAUGGCACUUUGAAAACAACGAAAACGAGUACCCCUCAAUCGAAUUGGACCUAGCUGAGGUCAAAGAACUCGCUCGUACGAUCGGGUUCAAGUUACACGAUGAACGAUCGAUCGACACGUCCUAUUCAAGUAAUGACCAAUCGAUGCUCGGAUACGUUUACCACGCAGCAUUUUGGAAGGCAGUUAAAGUAGAUAUUGUCAAGUAA